CAUAGGUGUUGCUCUAGUGGCAACCCCGGGCUCCUGGAUCCUACCGGACCGGAAGGCGGGUCUAGGGUCAGUGCGGGGGGCGCAGGGUCGUCAGGAGUAGGCGUGGGCCGGGCGGCAGGCCCAGCUGGGGCGGGGAUCGGAGCCGACAGUGUCUGGAGUGGGCCUGGGCCCUGCCCCUCCCUGGCUGCCCACACCUCUACAGCCUGGGGUGGGGCUCGGCUGAGAGGGAGCCAGGAGGUCUCCUGGUGUGGUCAGUCGGAGCACAGAAUCACCCCGCUUCCUCCGCUGUUCCUACGCUAUUUGGGGCCCCGGUGAGUGUGUGUGAGGCUGUGCCAGGCUGCCGUUUCCAGACAACAGCGGAGGAGCCUGUUUCCAAGAAUUCUGCCAGAUACCAGUAGAGAUGGGGAACAGCAAAAGCUCUUCCAGGCAGAAUUUUUGUUCCCAGUUUCUUCCUGAGGAACAGGCUGAGAUAGACGGAUUGUUCGCUGCUCUGUCAUCCGAUGAAAACAGCUCAGAUACCUCAUCCAAGUCCUUCUCUUUGAAGGCAUUAAAGAACCACAUUGGGGACGCUCUUCCCUCGGAGAUGGUCACCAGACUGUACGAUGGCAUGCGGAGGCUCGACCUGACAGGGAAGGCACAGGGGCCCAGUGAGAACGUGUCCCAGGAGCAGUUCUCAGUGUCCAUGUCCCACCUGUUGAAGGGAAACUCAGAGGAAAAGACUCUGGUGAUUCUGAAAAUGAUUUCGGCUGCAGAAGGGCCUGUGAAAGCCAGAGAAGUCCUAAAGUUUACAGAGGACCUGGUGGGCUCUGUGGUGCACGUGCUAAGCCACAGACAGGAGCUGAAGGGCUGGACUCAGAAGAAGACCCCUGGUCCUGCCCCAAGUGUGCAGGUGCUGGCCACUCAGCUGCUCUCUGAGAUGAAGCUUCAAGAUGGCGAGGGGUUCCGGGGCUCCCAGUGGCUGGACCAGGAGUGUGACCAAGCUGUAAUCGAGGACUGGGUGUUCAGGGUACCCCAUGUGGCCGUGUUUCUGAGCGUGGUCAUCCACAAGGGCUUUCCCGUACUGUGCUCAUCCCUCAAUCUGAGCACCCUGGUCCCCGAGUGUCAAGUGGACCAGGGUGGGAAGUUCGAGAGCAUCCUGGACGUGCUUGGGGUCAUCUACAUCAACUCCCACCUGCCCAGAGAGCAGCGGCACCGCUGGCACCUGCUGUUCUCAGCUGAGCUCCACGGGCAUAGCUUCUCCCAGCUCUGUGGGCGCAUCACCCACCGGGGGCCCUGCGUGGCUGUCCUGGAGGACCACGACGGCCACGUGUUUGGCGGGUUCGCCUCCUGCACCUGGGAGGUCAAGCCUCAGUUUCAAGGGGACCAGAAAUGCUUCCUGUUCUCCAUCGCCCCCAGCAUGGCCGUGUACACGCACACGGGCUAUAAUGACCACUACAUGUACUUGAACCACGGGCAGCAGACGAUCCCGAACGGACUGGGCAUGGGGGGGCAGCACAAUUACUUUGGCCUUUGGGUGGAUGUCGACUUUGGGAAAGGACACAGCAAAGCCAAGCCCACAUGCACCACGUACAACAGCCCGCAGCUGUCGGCCAAGGAGCACUUCUGCUUUGAUAGGAUGGAGGUGUGGGCGGUCGGGGACCCCUCGGAGGCGGAGCUGGCCAAGAGCAACAAGAGCAUCCUUGAUGUGGACCCCGAGGCCCAGGCCCUGCUGGAGAUCAGCGGGAGGACCCGCCACAGCGAAGGGCUCCGGGAGCCCCUGGACGAGAACGACUAAGGAGGAGCCGGGGCUGCGGCUCAGUGGAAUAGAAGGCCUGUCUGUGCCCCAUCCCCUCCCUCGUUGGCUUAACUUUACUGGAGAGCACAUGGGCCAUGGCCAGGUGGUCCUAGACCUGCUCAAUCAGACCCAGAGGCAAGAAAAAUCCCUCUGAUGCCCUGGACUGAUGGGCAGAAAUCGUUAAGUGUCAGGUCAGUGACUUAACCUUACCCUUUGUUCAUUUACUAUCAACAAGACUCUGCGAUGCUGAGACAUUUGAUAGCUCUGCCGCCAUUAGCAUGUUAGGAGCCCGAGUUCCCUCCUGGAGGAGCAGGCUCCAUCGCUGGGGUUCCCGAGGCCGUCCUGGUUAGAAAGUACACCUUGAUGGUCUGUUUCCGCUCUUACAGGUCAGAGGCAUUUGGGUGAAAGUCUUUAUGCUUUUUUUGGUACAGUUUGCAAUGGCUUGGAAUUUCUGUAUUUUUUUUAUAAAGGCAUGAAGAAGUGUAUAAAAGGGAGAAAUGAAAGCUAACAACUUUGAUGAUAACACGGUCUCAUGGUGGCACAGCUCCUUAGGAGGUGUCUGCAAUUAAGGUCCCCCGUCUGGCUUUCUCAGCUGUGUUUAAAUCAUUCUGUGUCAUGAACAAAUGGGGCAUUUGGGAGGAGCAAAGUUUUGGUUCUGUUAAAUCUGGGAGCUUGGUCAAUAUGCAUAUAUAUGGCCCAUCUUGUCAGUAAGUGGUGAGUGACAUCCCAGGGCUGGCCUGGCGUGUAGACCUCUGGGCCAGAGUCAUAGCCCUCAGUAUUACUGCUUGCCCAGGGCUGCUUUCAAAGGGGAUGAUGGGCAAUUCAGUGGUGUAGACUCACUCUAAAUAAACUUCAGUUAUCCUGAAAUACUCAACAUUACAUAGGUGGGAGGGGGGUGUCCCAUCAGACACAGGUCUGGAAAACCGCAUGCUCUGAGGCCGUCAACGCUGCCACUACUUAAAGGAACUGUGAGCUCUUCUUUAAGAGGGAUUUCUCUUCCUUUAGUCUUUUGCUGUAACCCUUGACCUUUUGCAGAUCAGAUGAAAAUGCAGCCUUUUCCGUAGUUCGCCUUGAUUAUAAGCCAUAGUAAACUGAGCUGUUUGGAUUUUGCAGGGAAGCUCAUAAAAACUUCCACUUAGCAAUACCCCCAACUAUGCCUUGUGUAUUGGCUUCCUAAAGAAAGCGCAUGCUCAGAGGCGCGCCACAGACAGGCAUAGUCAUGUUUGGUAUACCUAUAAAAAGCCAGCUUUUAAUGGCUUGUUGGCAACAUUAUAUGAUCUUAACUGACAGCUUAGCAGAUUCGGAAUAUUAAGAUCCUCAAAUAUCUCCUCAUGAAUCCAAAGAAUUAGGUCCCUACUGUCACUUAGUUUUUAGAUUUUUUUGGGUAAAAAUGCAAUUAGAUACCUCACUAAUAAAAGGUCGGCGUCUGUGCCUUGAAUAACACUUGCUGGUGCCUCUGCCUUCCGGCUGUCAGGAGGGUUAUAAUUUGUCUACUGAUAAAUAGCUCGCUUCUUACCUUGAGCUUGUUCUAACGAAGAGUUCAGAUCACAAAGGGGGAUCUGCUUCCUGAGAGGACCGACACACAGGGAAGCAGGGCACCUGCUGGGUGUUUGGCACCCGUGCGCUGCCCUGGGGUUGAGAUUCUGCCUCUCAGCAGACUGACAGCCAGUUAGCUGGGUCUGAGAAACUUCCAACGCCGGUUUUAACAGAUGAAGAGUUUGUUCUUUUGUGAAACCAGACUCAGUGUUUCUUAGCGGCCAUGGUUUUCUUGUUCAUUUAUUAGUAAGGAAUAUGAAAUUAAUAGGUUUCCAAACACUGAACCACCUUUGUAUUUUAAUUCUCAUUCUGCUAAUGUGUUGGCUUUAGUUUGGUUUGUCCAUGUUUAGUACUUUGUAGCAAUGUGUAUAAGCGAUUUGGUCUGGAAUUACAUUUUAUGUAAAUCGUGCUUUAGUUUUAUUUUAUUAUUAUUAUUUUUAAUUAAUUUUUUUUUUGAGAGAGUCUCACUAUGUCACCCUUGGUAGAGUGCGAUGGCAUCACAGCUCACAGCAACCUCAAACUCUUGGACUUAAGCAAUUCUCUUGCCUCAGCCUCUCAAGUAGCUGGGACUCCAGGUGCCUGCCACAGCGCCCUGCUAUUUUUUUUGUUGCAGUUGUCAUUGCUGUUUAGCUGGGUUCGAACCCGUCAGCCUGGGUAUAUGUGGCUGGCACCCUAUCCACUGAGCUACCGGUGCUGCCCGUGCUUUACUUUUAAAAUUGUACUGGCUUUACAAAAAUAAUUUAGAACCUUUUGCCAGUUUCCAGAAAAUGCAAAUGGAGGGAGUUCUUUAAAGUUUAGGUAGAAUUCAUCUUGUACUUGGUUUGGUAGUCAAGGAUGGUGUUAACCCUUGAUAACCUUAUCAGCUUCUUUUACCAUCUGGGUGGUUUUAAUAAAUCUUCUGGGAUUAGCGCUGACCAUUUUCAUAUUCCCUAGUAAAAUUUCCACUUUCUGUUUUCACAUUAAUUUCCGUAAUACCGACCAUUGUAUCCGUAAUCUUUUGUAGUUGUCCAUUUCCCCCUUCUUUUGUUUCCCUUUCAUUUUCCUAGAUUGGUUUCUCCCAAGUAUGUUUUAAAAUUAAUUUUGCUUUUAUAUUUCCUCUUGCGUAUGUUUCCUCUAAUUUUUCGAGUUGUUAAAUUACUAAAAAGUGAAAGUCAGUAAAUAUAUGAAGCUAUUCCUUUUUUCUCUUUGGGGUCUGUUUUAUUUUGUAGUGAUGCAUAGAUUCUGAGAGGUAUGUGUAUAUUAUCAGCUUCUAGAUUUUAGCAGUUUUUUUUAUUGUGAUUUUUCUCUUGGACCCAAGUGUAUUUAAAUUUUAGUAUGCUGGAUAAUUUUUUACUUUUAUUGCAUAUUGAUUAGAGAAUUCAUCCUUAUCUAUUUUUUGGGAUCACAUUGAGGUUUUAUGUCCUGACAUGUGGCCAGUUAGUCUCCUAAAUGAAUUUUCUGUGUGCCUUUUCUAACUUUUUCAUACUGUUUGCUCUUUGAAUUUAGAUGUUGUGUUGGUGUAUAGUCUGGCCUACAGGAUUUUUGUUGAUGAUUCUUUAUUAAAUUCUUCUUUGUCUAACUUAAUGCUUUUGGCCUUGAUUUUAAUCUUGCCUGAUAUUCACAGUGUCAACCCCAUUUGUACAUGAUGUUUGCAAUUGCCUGGCAUUUUUUGUUCAAUUGUUAUGAAUAUGGAUUUUUUUCUUAUAAAUGUUAUUUUGAAAUAAUUUUAGAUUCACAUAAAAAAUUGCAAAAAACUGUAUAGGAGUUCCUGCCUACCCAUCGCCCAUCUUCUCCCAGUAGAAACGUUCGACAGAGCUGUGGAGUGCAAUUAUUAAAAGCAGAAAAUGGAUGUUGUCAGUACAAUACUAUUAUUUAUCUCCAGUGAGUUUUGGCAGUUUGGUUUAUUAAUGUCUUCAGUUUAGGUGCCUAAAGAUGUCUGAGGUAUUAGUCCCUCAUUAUUUUAAUUUCUUAAGGGGUCUGACCUUGGCAAUUUGUCUCUUUCAGUUUUAUUGGUCUUUUCAAAGAACUAGCUUUAGAUUGAUUCUUCUGUUCUUGAAUUUGAUUUCUGGUCUCUAUUUUUAUUUUGGUGAAUAUUUAGCUACUAUUAACAAAAUGUUUUAUAAAUGUAAAUCAAGCUAAGUUGCUUGAUGGUGGUGUUAAAGUCUACUAUAUCCUUGAUGAAAGAAAGUCUUCAUUUUAGUGUGGUCCAAUUAUCCAUUAUACUUUAUUGGAGUUUUGUCUUGUUUAGUAAAAUUUACCCUUUUCUUCCAAAA